CUGAUGUCACAGGUGUUGUGUUUCCAACCUCCGGCUGGAAAACGAGUUUGAGCAGCCGCUGCCCCCCCAGCCGGGACCAGAGCCGGACGCGCGGGCAGGGGUUCCCCGGGGCUGCUGUUCCCACAGCAACUCCGGACACCUGGGUCCUGCCUGCGUCCUUGGAGCAGAGGGAGGAGACGCCUGGAGAAUCCAGAGAUCGCCCCCCCCCGCACAGAUUGAGGGGUCUCUGGCCAUGGUUCUCCAGGAGAAUGAGCCCCUGGCAGGGCUGAGCCAGACCUCGCGAUGCCCUGUCUUGGCCCCCGCAGGGCAGGACAGGUGGAGGGGGCCGUUUGCAGCCCAGGGCCCCGGGGCAGCCCAGGUCCAGCUGGUGGGCAAGGCCGACUGUCCCUCCUCCAGCUCCGGGGGAGCCACGAGCGACAGCCCUGAGGAGGACGAGGCCAGCAGCACGGAGAGUGCCCAGAAUGGGGACGAGAGCCCCCAGGCGGGUGCAGAGGGGUCCCGGCUGCGGGGAGAGCAGGACGAGGCGCUGGGCCGGGUAGCGGAGUUGGAGAGUCGCAUCAAGGAGCUGCAGCACCAGCAGAAGGAGAUGAACAUUGAGAUGAAGCUGGAGGGGGCGUUGCUGGAGGGGGAGCUGGCGGCCGAGUGGCGGGAGGUUCAACGCGAGGAACAGCUGGUCCUGCAGCUACAGAGGAGGUUCGCAGAGACGGUGCACCGGUGCCACACCGAGAGAGAGAAGGAGAACGCUCGGCUGGGGAAGGAGCGGCGCAAGGUGGAGGAGCUCCAGAGGCAACAUGCUGAGUCCCAGACCCACCUGGAGACCCAGCCCGAGAGCAUGCGGGAGCGGAUGCAGAGCCAGCUGCAGCAGACGUCAGAGAUGCUGGAGGGGGCGCUGAGGAGCUACGAGGACCUGGAGUUCCAGCAGCUGGAGCGUGAGAGCCGCUUGGAGGAGGAGAAGGAGGCGGCCUGCCAGGCCUUGGCCCGCCAGAUAGCCCAGGUCCAGGAGAGCCUCAAGGAGAGAAAGAGGAAGGUCCGCAGGCUGGAGGCCCAGGUGCGCUCGGUGCAGGAGCACAUGGCGGGCGAGUGCCGCAAGCUGGUGCAGGAGAAGGGAGAGGCCGUCCAGAGCCUCAACUUGGAGACGCGUCGCUGGAGGACUGGGCAAAACCUGGAGGACAGACAAUACUUGAGUAAUACACAGGGGAAACUGAGGCACACACAGAGUCUUCAGAGAAGACAGGCAGAAUGUUCCCACUUCCUCACACCUGGGCAGGUGGGGUCAUGUUGCCACCUGCUGGGAGGGCUGGGAGCCCCACCCCUGCCGUGUCCGUGUGUCUGUCUGUACGUCAAUGUCUCCGUGUCUCUGCAGCUCAUGUUCACCCAAAAGACGGAUCGGAAGGUCGUGGUGCUGGGCUGCGACCAGCGCGACCCGGCCUGUGUGUUCUCCGUCCGCAGCUCCGUCCAGAGCUCCUUCGGGCUGCAGAGAUCGAGGAGCCUGCCCCGAAGACGGGGGGACCGGCCGCCCCCCCGCCCCACUCAGCGCCCCCUCUCGCUCGAAGCCAACGGGGGGCUAGACUCAGAUGUCCUGGCGCUGCAGCUUUCGGCGGGGGGCGACCGGCGCUGCGUGCCACUCAGACAUCUCAACGCCCCCUUACACCCGCUGGGGGGGCCAUACAGCAGCGUGAGCUCCUGUGUCACCAAAUUGGCUGAAAUGGAGCGGAUGGUGCGGGAAGCCAUGGCAGAGAGAGAGCGGCUGCUGCAGGCACGGGAGGCGAAACGAGUGGCCCAGGGGGAGACACAACACACGGAGCCGCCACCCCCUGCCCAGGACCGGAGCCCGGGGCCGGCGCGGGAGCCCCCUGCCACCGCCCCCCUGGACCUGCGCGCCCACCUGGAGGCUUCGGGGCACAGCCUGGAGACCUGCCCCGAGGUGCGGGUGACGGGCAGGGCCUGCCGCGGCUUCCUGGUGAAGAUGGGUGGGCGCAUCAAAACGUGGAAGAAACGUUGGUUCUGCUUCGACCGCCAGCGGCGCCUGCUGGCCUACUACGUGGACAAAGAGGAGGCGAAGCUCAAGGGCGUCAUCUACUUCCAGGCCAUCGAGGAGGUUUAUUAUGAUCACCUGCGCAGCGCCUUCAAGAGCCCCAACCCCAAACUGACCUUCUGUGUCAAGACUUACGACCGGCUCUUCUGCCUGGUGGCGCCCAGCGCUGAGGCCAUGCGCAUCUGGAUGGACGCCAUCGUCACGGCCGCCGAGGAGAACACCCGCUACUGAGCCGGGGCGCGGAGCCCCCCAGGGACCCCCCACAGACUUUACCCACCUGGUGGGCGUGGCCAGCUGGGCCAUUGGCUCCGCCCCUGGGAGGGGCUUGAGGGCAGGGCAGCCAAUGGGGGGUGGACUUGGUUUUUGAAGGUGUGAAGCCGUGCUGGCCCCGCCCAUUUUGACCUCGGCCAUGGCGGGGAGCAAUGAAGCGCACCGUUUGCCUCCAAUCACAGCAGGGCUCUUCUAAAACACUGAUGCUCCUGGAAGUGGGACCAAUGGGAGGCAAGUGGCUUUGAAUCCUGACCAAUGGGAGGAGGCUCACUGAGAAUUCUGGCCAAUCAGAGGAGGCUUAGUUUGAAGGCCGGGCAAUUGGAUGUGUGUUCACCUGGGACCUGCACCAAUCGGUGGAGAGAAGGGUUGAGGCCUGGCCAACAGGAAGAGACUUGUUCAGAAUCUGCAUCAAUAGGAGGAGACCUGCCUUAAAUGCUAACCAAUGCCGGUGGGGUGGGGAACACUUGGUUGGAAUUCCCACCAAUUGCAUGCGGCCUGGCUUUGAAACCUGGCCAAUUACCCAAAAGACUCAGCUGGAAUUUGCACCAGUGGGAGGAGACAUGGACUGAACUGACCAAUGGCGGCUUGGACUCCCCAUUGAUGGUCUGAAAUCUCAACUAAUGGGAGCAGGCUUCAGGGAUGCACCAAUCGGAGGAGACCGGGAUCGAACUGACCAAUGGUGGCUUGGAUUUCCCAUUGGCUGUCUGAAAUCUUGACCAAUGGGAGCGGGCUUCAAGGAUGCACCAGGAUCGAACUGGCCAAUGGUGGCUGUGCUUGGAGGGCGUUGUGGCCUAGUCCUGACCAAUGGGGAGUGUGGAGUCUCUUGCAUAGGACAGCAAAGAGUCUGUUGCCUGUAUGGCCUUUCCCAGCAUGCUUUGUGCCAUGUGGCCAAGGCCCAGGGGGCUGGGGCUGAGCCCAAAGGUGU